GCUCCCUGCCUGGACUUUAUACGCAAUUAUCGUUUCCCCAAGAAAUGGUGGCUUGGAGUCGCAACUGAGCUCGUCUCAAGAUCUCGAAGGCAAAGUCGUGGUAGACCUUGAGCACGAUGUAUUAAUGAGUCUCGAUCAAUACACUAUACCAACAGCCGACCCCCAAAGAAUCAUGAUUGCACUAGGACUCGAAGGAAGCGCCAACAAGCUGGGCAUAGGACUGAUUCGCCAUGACAUGAGCACAACACCACCCACGGUGACGAUCCUCUCCAACGUCCGACACACGUAUCACCCACCACCAGGCGAGGGCUUCUUGCCAAAGGACACAGCUCAGCACCACCGCAGUCAUAUCCUGGAGCUGAUCAAGGACGCCAUGACGGAGGCCAAGAUCACACCGAAGGAUAUCAGUGUCAUUUGCUUCACAAAGGGACCGGGCAUGGGAGGACCGCUGACGAGUGUGGCGACUGUGGCGAGGACAUUGGCGUUGAUGUGGAAGAAGGAAUUGGUGGGCGUGAAUCACUGCGUAGGACACAUCGAGAUGGGACGGCAGAUCACAGGAGCGGAGAAUCCGGUGGUGCUUUAUGUCUCUGGAGGAAACACACAAGUGAUCGCGUAUGCGGAGAAGCGGUACAGGAUCUUUGGCGAGGCGCUGGAUAUUGCGGUGGGCAAUUGUAUCGAUCGGUUCGCGAGGGUUCUCAAUCUGCCGAAUGAUCCGGCACCGGGAUAUAAUGUCGAACAACUUGCCAAAAAGGGCAGUAAAUUGAUCGAUCUCCCGUAUACGGUCAAGGGCAUGGAUGUCUCGUUCAGUGGUGUGUUGACCUAUAUCGAAACCAACGCACCCGCACUCCUGGCCUCUGGCGAAUAUACCGAAGCCGAUCUGUGUUUCUCGUUACAGGAGACCCUGUUUGCGAUGCUUGUGGAGACGACGGAGCGGGCGAUGGCACAUAUUGGGUCGAGGGAAGUACUGAUCGUCGGCGGAGUUGGAUGCAAUAUGCGACUGCAGGGGAUGAUGGCGCAGAUGGCGAGUCAACGAGGCGGAAAGGUAUUUGCGACGGACGAAAGGUUCUGUAUCGACAAUGGGAUCAUGAUUGCGCAGGCGGGGAUUCUGGCGUACCAGACUGGGUAUACGACACCGCUGGAGAAGACGUGGUGCACACAGCGGUUCCGGACGGACGAGGUCUUUGUUGCGUGGAGGGACUAAAAAAUAAGGAGUAAACGGUUCAUAAUGAAGAUGUGCGCCUGUUCACCUGUAGAAACCUUUUGUUUGAGAAUACGAUUUCCCCAAGGGCAAUCCUCGAUACCAGUUCAUACCCUGACUAAAAAGAGAUAGCUUCAUGGCACAACCGCACGGACCACAUUCAGCCAUUGAUGCACUGCAAAAGAAGACGAAUAGAAAGAGAUGUCGUUCUGGCAAGAACCGUUUCAACGCCUCUUGCGCUUUCUCCUACAACCUACUUUCUUUUGCGUCUGAUUCCUUUCCAUUUUAUAACAAGCACAUUUACUA